UUGAGGCUGAUAAAAUGGCGCAUCUUCAGGGAUCGCAACAGAAAUCGUGAAUCGUCUUUGUUUACUGACGUCAGGAGAAACGCGUUUGAUCGUAUCUACACUUGUCUCUCACAAUCCUUUCUCCACGCCUAA